AUGGACCUGGUCCCAGGUGAAGAAAUCCUCCUGGCCGUGCAGAAAGUCUGGUGGACGGCUGGUCCCCACGUUCGCCCGGAUGCUGCCAUCACCUCGGAUCAGAUGGGCUUCCUCCUGGACACCGUUCGACCAAGCCUGACAGGUGUGGACGGUGGAUACUCUGCGACCACCCUCCCCAAAGUACAAGACGAGCAGAGUAACAGGGGGCUACUCAUGGAAGAUCGGAGGGCGAUCUCCAUGUCAAAUAUAGUCGGUCUGUCCACUCUUACUCAUCGAGAGGGGUAUAUGUAUGUAAGUAAUUCUAGCAUGGCCGUCGCGCGCCAAGCAAUCAGCUGCCAAAUUGCUUUCCCCACGCGAUUACAUCACAACACAACCGGCAGCUACCUGGCCCACUUCCUGCACGGUGAUCUGCCCCAGUUCCCAUUAGGACCCACGACCAUCAAACAAAACUUGCGCCAGCUGGUCUCUCCCUCUAGGUGCCUCGGCUGUCUGCAUGCAAUUUUGACGGCCCUGCGCUUCGUUUGGAUGCUCUCCAGCGGUUUCCGUUUUCGACAGCCGACUCUUGCGAUCCCUGAACUGAUAGCUGGCCGGCCUUCCUGCUCUCUCCUUCCCCGCUACACACUGGUUCGGCAGGUCCUCCAGCGCUGCAUAUGUCCAAGCGUGAUGACGGGUACUGAGCAAAAAUCCUUCCUGGGCAACCUCUCUCCGUGGAGCACCCCCAGAAGUACCACUCCCUUGCCGUCCGAUCGGCCUUUGGGAAACAACCCAGACGUGCUGCAGCGAUCCCAGGGCGAAGACCAUACAGUGACCCACCGACACAAGUUGAGCUCUCGUUACUAUCCACCCGACUGCCCACCCUUGAAAGCAAAAUGGUACUACGCAGUGGACUCACCGAAACGGAAGCUUGCUUUGCCAGAUCAGAAGAAGUCGGAGCAAAAACCACCGCCUCCACCGAAGAAGUUCGUCCCUUUCUCCCGCAGUGACUCCCAGGCGAUUGAGGCCACCUUUCAGAAAUUAUCAGAGAUCGAGGACAAUCAACACAGUGAGCAGGCUCGUAAAGCGGCUUUACAACAGGUGUCAACCAAAGUUCCGGUCAACGAGGAUUAUCUGUUUGACGUGGAUGUCGAAGCCCGCGAACUGAGUCCGGCCUACUGGAUUGGCCCUGUCUAUGAGGUUCGGCGAGGCACAUGGUUCUUGCAGGAGGGCUCAAGCUUUAAACCUUGCGAGGAGAACUUGGCUACGCAGCUCGAGGAGGGAUAUGUCAAAUUACGGCCGUGGCGUAUGGCGACGGAGGAUGGGGGCGGAGACAAAUCGGACGGCGCGAGCUCUGCCGAGGCCCGUAGCAGAACGAACACGGGAUCAGAUACGCCGAGUACAGCGCCCGAGACAUCACGCUCUGCAAAUACGAAGCAGCGCGAGAAGUCCCAAACUGGGGCAACGGGGCCAGUGGCAACUCCCGCGGAAGUCAAACAAUAUCGCCUGUUUGGCGCCUACAUGAACCGGAUUGUCACUUAUGAAGAUGCAACCACCGCAUGGCUAACCACGGACGACUUCAUGUCUCGAGUCAGCACGACGGUCUUCCAAACCUUGGGUGGCGCACGCGGCAUCAAGUACGUUCGAGGGCUUGGCGAAACACGGCGGUCACGGGAAGCACCUGAUGCGAAGGCGUCGCAACGAAAGCAGGACGAGAAGACGUCCGAUACGCCCCCCGGACAAUUUUCUUCGUCAUCCGAUCCCACCACCAAGGUGGCCUCCAUUCUGGCAGAUGCGGCAGACAACGAUGGUGAGCUGGAGGCGGAGUUGCGACGUCCCAUCUCAACGCUCGAGAGACAAAUGUCAUCCCUGGCAGGACAGCCUCAGAAUCAAGCCGAGCUAGAGGAGCAGGCUCGAAGGCAAGAAGAGCAGGAAAUGGAAGAUUCUCGGGAAAUCGAGAGUGAAGAUCAAGGACGCGAGAUCGACCAUCUGGUGCUGGUCACCCACGGUAUCGGUCAACGGCUGGGUUUACGUUUAGAAAGUAUCAACUUCAUUCACGACGUGAACGUAUUGCGAAAGACUUUGAAGGGUGUCUACAAGGCGUCUCCAGAUCUUCAGGCAUUGAAUUCCGCGUUUCCCGAUCAUGCCAGCAACUGUCGGGUCCAAGUGAUUCCCGUGUGCUGGCGCCAUCUUCUCGACUUCCCCUAUCGAGGGGUGAGACAGAAUCGAAAAGAGCUCGACCUGACCGAUGCAGACACCCUGGAGGAUGAUGCGUACCCUAGUCUCGCUGAUAUCACUCUCGACAGCGUGCCUGCCGUUCGAAACCUCAUUUCCGACCUGGCCAUGGACGUCCUCCUAUAUCAGAGUGCCUAUGCUGACCACAUCGCGAACAUUGUCAAGAAAGAGUGCAACCGGAUCCUGGAGUUGUACCGGCAACGGAAUCCGUCCUUCAAGGGAUCCGUCAGUCUCUGCGGUCACUCGCUCGGCAGUGCCAUCUUCUUCGACAUUCUUUGUCACCAAUCUUCGGAUGUCAGUAGCGCUGGCAAAAAGGGCUCGGCGGCCCCGAUGGAAUCGAACGAUCUCGCCGAUCAACGGGGUGGAACCGAGACGGCCCUGAACUUUGAGUGUGAAGAGUUUUUCUGUCUCGGGUCUCCCAUUGCUCUCUUCCAGAUGCUCAAGGGCAAGACCAUUGCGGGCCACUCUGGUCUCGGCUUACGAGGCCGUCAAGGGGGGAUCGACGUUGGCGGACUCGAGUCGCACCGCUUGGGUGAUCUUGGGUCUUCAUCCCGGGACUCAAAGAGCAGUCGCAAUGUGAUGGAGAACUCGGCGAUCAUCUCUGCCCCUCGGUGCCGAGACCUGUACAACAUCUUCCAUCCCUCGGAUCCAGUGAGUUACCGUCUCGAGCCUCUGAUCACGCCGGCAAUGGCUAGUCUCAAGCCUCAGCCCCUACCCUCUGUGAAGAAAAGCCUAUGGGCCGCAUCCGGACAGAGUCUCUCCAUUUUGGGCUCACGGAUGGGCCAGAGUGUCGGCUCUCUGUGGAGCAACUUCACCUCCGGCGUCGCGAGCAGCUUGCUUAAUCGGAGCCUGGGUCUGAGCGCAGAAGACCCAUCCGUAUCACGCAGCGCGUCCAGCAGUAGACCCGCCGCCGACAAUGCAACGGGACUCCCACGCACGCAGUCGGGUACGAGCUCACACGCUUCAUCGCAUGGCAGUGGUGAUCACGGUGAGACUCUGAUCGAUCAUGACCUGGAAACGCUCUAUGACGGGUUCCAGAAGAGUCGCACGUCGCAGAAAAAAGACCAAGCACGGCCCGCGGGCGGGAAAGCGGCCGAUUUUGAUGCUGAAGAUCAAGAGCGCAAGAUGAAAUUCGAAGACGCCAAAGUUCGAGCGUUGAAUUCGAAUGGCCGCGUUGAUUAUAGUAUUCAAGAGGGUGCCUUUGAUAUCUCCUUGAUUGCCAGCAUCGCCAGCCAUCUCACAUACUGGGGCGAUGAAGAUGUGAACCACUUCAUGCUUUCUCAAAUUCUGUCGCGCAAGUCACGACAUCGACUGAAGGGAGGCGUCACUUUGGACAAAAUGAAAUCGUAG